AGGUCCGCAACGUCUCACCGCAGCUUUCCUUUCCUCUUUGUGAGCAUAUUUAUGGACGCUUCACCACCUGCCGGAACUCACUUUCCUACUGUAAUUCUUGGUUCGUAAGAUUAUUUUUGCUGUUUUAGAGGAGUAAGUGUUCGACGUUCUUGCACGACCGCAUACGCCUCUGCUUGUAGCUUUCAUAACUGUUAUUGUUGCGCAUAUUUGAACUGAAUCCAGGCUUAUUACUAUUUAUUACUAUUUAUUAUUUAACUGUUAAAAAGGAUCACACAGAGAAGGCAUGAUGGCGAACGCGGCUGCACUCGCUCGUAUUCCAAGCGAGGAGGAGUACCCGUCGGUGCACCUUCUUUUGCUCGUCACCGGUAGCGUGGCGGCAGUCAAGACCGGGCUGCUGCUCGACCAGCUCUCCACCGAGCGCUGCAACAUCCGUAUUGCGGCCACCAAAGCAGCCUUCCACUUCCUCCGUCGCGCACAGCCAUCCAUGACGGGCAUCCCUUUUCAGAGCAUUAUCACCGACGAACAGGAGUGGAGUGAGUGGCAGGCGAUGAGCGACUCCAUCGUGCACAUCGAGCUGCGUCGCUGGGCCGACCUUGUUGUCGUUGCACCUCUGAACGCGAACACGCUCGCGAAGCUGGCGACAGGGAUUUGCGACAACCUGGUCUCCAGUGUCAUGCGGGCGUGGGAGGUGCGGGCGAAACCGGUCAUUGUCUGCCCGGCCAUGAACUCCGCCAUGUGGACGCACCCUCUCACCGCGACCCAGCUCAGCCAGCUCGAGGUGAUCUACAUGGAUCCGCACGAUAAGGCCGAGUCAACCGAAGAAAAAACAGCAACGCCCAUCGUGGCCACCCCGGCCUCUGCAGCAGCGGCAGCAGGAGUGGUAACCAGUCCACUGCCGGAGGUGGCGGCCGAGCUCUCCCUCCCGGCCACCCUGAAGGAAUCAAUGUUUCAAAUUGUCGGCCCCAUCAGCAAGCGUCUCGCGUGUGGCGACAUUGGCAUUGGUGGAAUGGCCACCGUGGAGGAGAUCGCAGCGCACAUCCGACACACAAUGGAGCUUAUCCGCGAAGACAAGCGGCGCCAAUUCCUCGAGGCACGUGAAAAGGCGGAAGGCGCUGCCGUCCCUGUUGCGGUUGUGGCGAGCCCUGUGCAGCCGGCGAGUGCGCAGCUGGAGACGAAAGCGUGCCCUGUAGUACAGGCGCCUGCACCUGCGAACGCAGCGUGA